UUUCUCUGCUGUUUACAUUUGAGUCUCCACGGAGUAAGAGCACACCCGCGCGCAGAACUAGCGCUUUAGGCUACAUGCUGAAAUGUCAACGGUCAAACAGCUCUCUUUGACUUACGACGCUGUUAAUAACAGUAACACAUUCACAAAUGGCGAUGUUAUUAAUGGGCGAGUCGUUUUCGAAGUGACUAAAGAAGUUACGAUUACAAGCCUUUAUAUAAAGUGUAAAGGUGAAGCAAAAGUGAGCUGGAGCGAGCGGCGCAAUGAUAAGAGUUACAGUUACAGUGCUUCCGAGAGAUACUUUAAACUCAAACAAUACUUCAUUCAGGACCCCUCAAAGAAAGGAAAAGAAGAUCCUGGGGUUAUAUUAACAAGUGGAGAGAUCUACAGCAAUGUAGUUAAGCCCGGAAGACAUGUUUAUCCAUUUAGCUUUCAGCUGCCCCAUGGAAAUUUUCCAGCAUCUUUUGUCGGAUGUCAUGGCUCAGUGAAGUACAUUCUUGAAGUCACACUGGACCGUUCAUGGAAAAUGGACCGCACAGAUAAAAAAGAAAUCAUCUUUGUGCCAAGGCUUAGUGGUGUUCAUUUAAUGAACCCACAGAGUGGAUCUACUGACAAAAAGAUGAAACUUUUCACCUCUGGAAACGCCUCAGUGAAAGCAACAAUUGACAAAAUGGGUUAUAUGAAAGGUGAAAUCAUCAAGGUUUCCACUGAUGUGGAUAACUCUUCGUCCCGUGAUCUCAAGCUGAAGUACUGUCUCGAGCAAUGCCAGUCUUUCUUUGCACAGGGUCACUCCAAGUAUUCGUCCUGUACUAUUUUCAAAAUUGUUGGAGAUUCUAUCCCAUCUGGAUCAAAGCAAAGAGUCAGCACAGACCUGACGCUUCCACCAAACCUGGAAUUGAGUAUUACAAACUGUAGAAUAAUGAAAGUGGAGUACAUGUUUAAGGUCUAUUUGGAUGUGCCCUAUGCGAGUGACCCAGAGAUCGUAUUCCCUGUGAUCAUUCUCCCUGCAGGCCAGAUUUUUGCUCCAGGGCAAAACCAACCAAGUUUUCAGCCGUAUGGGAACCCAGGUGGACCAGGAUGGAACCAACCUCCACCUCAGCCUGCAUUUGGGUCCGGUCCCCCAGGUACCUUUGGACCAGCUCCAGGUGUUUACCCUGGUCCGUUCCCUUCACCUAUGUGUCCAAAUCCAGAUGCUCUUCCUCCUUCCUAUGCAUCCCUCUAUCCAAAUCCAAACUCAACAGCCCCAGGAUUCAAUCCACCUCCAUCAGCUCCACUCUUUAAUCCUCAGGACGCUCCUAUGGGUUAUCCAAAUCCACCUGUCCCUCCGCAACAUCCAGUACCGAGUGCCCCACAGUUCUGUCCAGGGUCUGUUGCCCCGGGCUAUGUUCCAGAAGGAGCCCCCACAGGAUACUGGCCAAAUCCACCCACACAACCAGAACCUUAUCCAACUAAAUCCCCUGAGAAACAUGAAUAAUCUGAAAGUUUGAUGACACAAGAAAUUGAGAUGUGGAUGACAUUGUGGUGCAAGGAUGUGGGAGGGCGUUGGGGUUGCUGGGAUUUUACACAACAUAUAUGCAAUGUGUGCAUAUUAUAUAGUGCAACUAUAUUAUUCUAAUAUUAUUAUUACAGUAUAUGUAUGCACCUAUAUUAUUAUUAUUAUUAUUAUUGUUAUUAUUAUUAUUAUUAUUAUUAUUAAUUUAGCCAUUGCAGUUGCUGUAACACCCUCGGCACCACCACUACCUGCAUCCUUGUUGUGGUGCCAGUCGCAUCAUACAGAUGAUCGAAAUUUUUAUGAUAGCUGCAUAUGGUAUAGCAUUUUGAAUUCACUCCAGUAAGUUCCUGUUUGUAACAAAUAAUUGUAUUUUUUUUUAACUGUUUUGUAGAACUCAUAUUUAAGAACUUAGGCAGUAUACUUCUUAUAAGCUUUUUUUAAUUUUUUUUUUAGAAAAUAACACACUAAGUUGUAUGUGCAUGUAAAAGUGGGUGGGUCUUAUAUUGGGUUAAAUGUUUGCCAGAAAAUAGUGCUGUGCAUGUUAAUUUCAUAUCUGAUGAACUGUCAGUAAAUAUUAAGCCAUUAUGAAGCUUUUGGGGAUUAACAGCAACCAUGAGCUUGCAAGGCCUGCAAGGUUUUCUAAAAUUGCAAGGUUUUCUAAAAUUAUACUCCUUUUUUCAAGCACAAAUCUAUAAACGUAAACUCAGUUCACAGAAAUCCAUCCCUGUCAGGCAAAAGCAAACAAAACAUGUUAAAUUUUCUCAUAAUCAGCCUUUGCCUUCAAAACACACAUGUUUGAUCAAAACAUAUGCACUAUCAAACAGACACUAGUGAAAAAUGAAAUCACUGUUCUCAAAUAUGCAAAUAAAUUGAUAAAGAACUGAACAAGAUGAAGUCCAUGUAAAAAAAAGAAAAGAAAAAGAAACUGCUAGCCUGAAACUACAGGAUGUCUCAGAAGUCUCCAUACAAAGGGGACUGUGUAUGCAAGCACCACGUCAGUUGUGUACUUAAACUGCCUUACUUUACAACUAGGUUUUAACAGUUAAGCUUGAUAGUGCUAAAUCCAUGACAACUGUGUGAUAAUUGAAUUUCAUUAUGGUAAAUAGUGUAUUGUGUAUCGAACUGCAGUGGUUUCACCAUGACAUCAUAAGCUUCAUUGUGAUUAAACUUACGCAUGCGGAAAAA